CACAACCUAAACAAAAGUCGGCCAUUUCUUUUCCGUCAACGAUUUCACGUUGUCAAUUCAACGGUUUUAAUUCAACAUGACGAAUUCAAAAGGUUAUAGACGUGGAACGAGAGAUUUAUUCUCACGUCGUUUCCGUAAACAUGGAGUAAUCCCACUUUCCACGUAUAUGAGAACGUACAAAGUGGGCGACAUUGUUGAUAUAAAAGGUAAUGGGGCCAUCCAAAAAGGUAUGCCACAUAAGGUGUACCAUGGAAAAACCGGAAGAGUAUUCAACGUCACGGCUCACGCCUUAGGGGUCAUUGUAAAUAAGCGCGUUCGAGGAAAAAUCAUCCCAAAGAGGAUUAACAUCCGUAUUGAGCAUGUUAGGCACUCGCAGUGUCGUCAAGACUUCUUGCAACGUGUCAAACAAAACGAGAAGUUGCGUAAAGAAGCUAAAGAAAAGGGUGAGAGGAUUUGCUUGAAGAGACAACCGGCUCAACCAAGACCUGCUCAUAUUGUUAGUGGUAAAGAGGAUCCUGUCUGGUUGGCUCCUAUACAAUAUGAGUUCAUUGCUUAAGUUUUAUAAAAUAACUUUAAAAAAAUAAAAUUCUUAAAAAAA